CCUCAACAACCCCACCCCAGCGGCAGGUCGAUUCAGUUCCCAAGGGAGACCGCCGCCGCCGACCGACCGAGCCAUCCCCUCCCCCGCUGACCUCCGCCGUCGCCGGAGCCCGGAGGCGAAGCAAGCGUAAAGGGGACCGCAGAUUGUGAAAUCACCCAAAGAGUCAGGGAACCGUCCAAUAGUUUCAAUGGCUGCUACAAAGCUUCAGGCCUUUUGGAACCAUCCUGCUGGCCCCAAGACCAUUCACUUCUGGGCGCCGACAUUCAAAUGGGGUAUCAGCAUUGCCAACAUUGCUGACUUUGCUAAGCCACCUGAGAAGAUAUCUUAUCCUCAACAAGUUGCUGUUGCUUGCACUGGACUCAUUUGGUCAAGAUACAGCUUGGUGAUCACACCGAAAAACUGGAAUCUUUUCAGUGUUAACGUUGCAAUGGCUGGUACGGGCCUUUAUCAGCUUUCACGGAAGAUAAGGCAAGAUUACUUAUCUGAUGAGAAGGAUGCUGCUCCACAACCGGAAGCAUAAUGACAACAACAGACAAUAAUAACCGAUUGAAGAGCCUGAAGUCUUGGAGUUGGUCUUUAUUUUCCGGGGCUGCAAGGACCUUUCAAUCCAGGACAUGAAUCUUCUUCUAGAUGUUUUCUUGUUCUAAAGUCAUGAGCAGAUCAAAGUGAACUUUCUGCCAAAAAGAAAAGUCAUGCACAUGCAUCUUCAUAUGUUUUGCUUUUGUUCAGUCAAUCUUUUGCUCGCUAGUAAUUUGGAAAUCAUUUGCUAAGCGGAUUGGUCAUAACCCAGUGUUCAGAGGUGUUGGUGCCCUUCACCGUGAAGAUGCUCGUUUUGUUAUGAUUUAUGAAGCUGAAUUGUUGUCCAUGGAUAGUGAGGGUACUCCUCAGCGAAGAAACAUUUCUUUUUUCUA